AUGCCAGGCCGUGAUCAGCGUUCUAGGAAUAAGGUGGACCAUCGUGGAGGCGGGCGUGGGAGUAGAGCUGGCAAGAAGUAUGUCGUCGAAGAGGAUGACUUUGAUGCCGUAGCCCGUAGGAAUCGGGAUGUAGAGCAGAUCAAACGCCGUCAGCAACAAGAAGCCGAGGAAGAUUCAUCGUCGGAUGACGACAAGCCUACUGCUGCCCCUGUGUCAGCUCAUGCAAAGAGGGCACCGGAGGUGAAGACAGCAGCAGCUAAGAACG